CCCACCAAAGAAGCUGCGAGAGGACUGCUUUUACCACACCACGCCGGCCCUGAAAGCCCCCAAGUCCCUGGAGAACGUGGAUUCUUGCGAGAAUUGGCUGGGAAGAAGAGUGAUGAGUGCAUGGCGGGUAGCAGGGGUGGUUCAUGCGUUGGACAAGUGGGAGGAGCACGAGUGCGGCGACCGGAUGUUGGACGUGGACAAAGUUUGGGAAGCAGCUCUUCGCCAUGGCUUUCGUCC